UUCAUUCAGAAAAACCAAAGUAAAAUUUCCGGGCAUGUUGACAGAGAUUUAAAUAGCAAAAAAUUAAAAAAACAAAAAAAAAAAAACAGAAAUUAUUAAGCCUAGAUACAUGAAAAAUCCCACAUAAAUCCGGAAUCUCAUCAAAUGUGUGCCCAGGCAUCAGGAGCCGAUCCAAAGCAUCCCAAGAAUCCAGCACACCAUGGACCACACCGUGGUCCACGCCGUUCCAACCACAGCAAUUCCACAGAUUCGGAUGGCAAUAGCAGCGACAGCAGCUAUUAUAGCAAUGAGGUGCAAGUUGAUGUCGAGGAUCCCAAUAUCAUACGCGUUGGCAUAAUAGCAGAUAGUGAAGUCGUUUUGGGUUUUCUAUUGGCCGGCAUUGGUUAUCAUCGUGAAAAGUUUCGUAAUUAUCUCAUGGUAGAAAAUGAUAUGCCUUUGGAGGACAUUGAACAUUUCUUUCAUAUGCUCUAUAGACGCCAUAAUAUCGGUGUGAUACUUUUGGAUUACUUUACGGCUAGACGUUUGCAUCAUCUACUAGAGAAAUGUCAUCAAAUGCUGCCAGUGAUAAUUAUAAUACCAACCAAAACCUCCCUUUUGCCCUAUCUGGAGGAGAAGGAUCGACUGCGUCGUCAACAACAACGUGAAGCUUAUCAGUGAGUCAAGCCAUUCGAAUCCACAGAGUAUUAUUUGGGUAUCUGGGCUUUAAACAUAGAAGCGGAAAACAAAAAUUAUAAAAUUGCUAAUAAAUUCAAACUAUUUCCCGA